AUGUCAAGCCAAGAUUAUUACGGAGGAGGCGGCGGCGGUAACCAAGGCGGGUACCCAAAUCAACCAAAUUACAACCAGCAAGGCCAAAAUCAGCAAUAUCCUCCUCAGCCCAACUACGCCCAGCAAGGCCACAAUCAGCAGUAUCCUCCUCAGCAGCAAGGCGGAUAUCAACAACCACCUCAACAGCACGGUGGUUACCCACCACAACACCAGGGCCAGCAGCAAUACCCACCGCAGCCCAGCUAUGGCGGACCCUCCCCUUCGCACUCCCCAGCUCCUUACGGCCAACACGGAGGCCCACCACAGUAUGGCGAUAACCGCGCCCCUGGCGGCCCUGGUGGAUAUAACAACCAGCAAGGCGAAGUUGGUCCCGACGGCGAGCGAGGUCUCGGCUCUACCCUCAUCGGCGGCGCAGGAGGCGCAUUCGUCGGCCACAAGGCUGGCGGAGGUACUCUAGGCACGAUCAUCGGCAGCGUGGUUGGCGCUAUCGGAGCCAACGCUUUGGACAGCAGGUACGACAAACACAAGGAGGAGAAGAAGGAGAAGAAACAUGGAUCGCACGGCAGUCAUGGCGGGAGCAGCUAUGGCGGUCAAAGUAGUUAUGGCGGUGGAAGCAAUUAUGGUGGUGGAAGCAACUAUGGAGGGAGCAGUGCUGCUAUGGGCGGACUGUACCCAAGGAAGGAGAAAAAGAAGCACCGGUCAAGGAGCCGCGGUGGCCGUAGUAGCAGUAGCAGCUCGAGCGAUUAG